AUGCUGGCGACGAUCAAGAGCGAGGACUCGGUAGCUACGGUGCCAAGUGACCGCGACGGUAUCUUUGAUUUGAUUCGCACCGAGACGUCAUUCAUCGCGGUCGACCGGCUCAUCUUUUCGACGUUGUCCAACUGGAUCAAGACAACCUUGGAAGCGUCCAUCCGUGCCUUGUCAUCAACAGCCCAGCAGGCCCAUCGGUGGCGAGCUCUUGGUCACAUCUACCUCAACGAACGCAACUUUGUGGAUGCAGAGCGGUGCUAUGCACAUGAUCUGUCGCUCUUCACGACGCUCGACGACCAAAGCGCCCACCUCGAAGUUGCCAAGGGCCAAGCCCAAGUCGGCAUGAUGCGCGGUAUCUUGCGCAAGCCCGCACGUACGUGGCGACCGCUCUUCGAGUCGGCGCUCGCAGUGCAAACCGAGUUGCUGGGGCCUUCUGACCGCGAGGUCUUUGCCACCAAGUACAGCUUUGCCGCUGCCCUCUCUCGGAACGACCUGCUCCACGACGCCAAAGACAUUGCGCUCGAUCUCUUUGACGCCCACCGACACGCAUACGGCCUCGCCAACAGCUACACCGCUGUCGUCAUGAGUCUUGUCACAGACAUCGUAACGCUUCUCCACGAUCCCCGCGCAGCGCUGCGCUGGAGCCGCAAGACCUCGGCGCUGCAGGAGCAACUCCACGGGCCCGACCACAUUCGCACUCUCUUGACGCUGCAGAUUGCCGGCGCCGCGUACAUGGAUCUCGGUCGCUUUGACGAAGGCCUUGCGCUCAACCAGCGCGUCCUGGCGACCACACGACGUACGCUCGGCGCGGACCACGAGCUGACGCUAGCGGCGUCACUCAACGAAGGCUUCUCCUUGCUCCAGGCCGGUGACGUCGCGGGGGCGACGGCCAUUUUGCGCUCGGUGCGAGCUCUUCUUCCCGCCACCAACGCGACCGUCAACUACAAGCGUGACGCGGAGCUCAACCUCGGCCUCGCAUUAUGGACCAGCGGUGAUAUGGCUGCGGCCACCGACCACUUUCUCACCGCCCACCGCAUUCUGCCUGGUAAGGACACGGUCGCAGCCAUCUGCCGCGUGGCAACCGCGAACACCACGGGCCGCCACCGCCUUCUCGCGCUCGUGACCAAGGCCAUCUGCAGCGACAUGGCGCCCGAGUGGUGGCCAACCAACUGCGUUUUGUGCAGCAAGCCGAUCCGCGGCGUCCUCAUCAGCUGUGCAGCAUGUCCAAAGGGCGCGUUCCGGUUCUGUCGCGCGUGCGCGGCGACCAAGCGCGGGCGACUCGAGCGGUUUUGCCGACACGAACCGCCCGCUGCGCGCUUGGAAACGGCGCUGCCGCCCCGCCGACGGCUGUACCACGACGCGCUUUUGGCGCAGGAAGGGUCGUACGAUCGCAUCGAGUCGCUGCUGAACGCCUAUGCAGCGUACUGCGAGACGCACGACGUACCGCCCAAUGAGCGGCUGUCGCGACCGUCGAUUCCAGCGCUGAGCCGACGCUGGCACCCGAUGCUUUGAUGCCCAACGUGACCGAGACGCGCCAAGACAUGGUUCGUGGCACUUGUAGAACGCAGUGUGUCGUCAUGAAUCAAGAGACUAAUGCUACAGCAUAAAAUUGAUGCCCUA